AAGUGACCUGGGAAGGGGAGGGAAAAAGGGAAUGAAAAUCAUUGUUGUAAAAAAUUUACGUUGUUUUUCUUCUUAGCCAUUAAUUAAAAAUCGAACUAUUUAGAUUAAUAGAAUUACAAAAUUGAUGAAAAUGAUCUCAACCAUUGAGUUGAGAUCUGACGGUUCAAAACUAUUACCACCUCUUAUGUUUUUGUUGAACACAACAUUUUCUGAGUAGUCCAUAAUCAAAUUUGUAUUUGCAGUGUAAUUUAUUUGACUUUUUUAUUAAAGAUUUGACUUUUAUUAUUAUUUUUAUCCUAUUAUAUAUUCAAAUUUGUAUGAAAUGAGAGAAUGUUGAUUAUUAGACCUCUCAUCCAAACACAACACGGAACGCAUCACCUACCAUUUGUUACCAAAUCCAAAUAAUUGAAUUCUGUGAAACCCUAAGAUGGCUUCUUCUCUCAAUCUCUCUGCACCAUGUCUCUCUCGCCCGAGGGCAUGCAGAAAUUUCAAAUUGUUCCAUGGGUUGAACAGUAUAAAUCCAUCUAUCGUACAUGUACGUGGCUCAGAUUUGGCAUUUGUUCGGCUGAGUUCUAAAUUCCCCUCAUGUCUCAAUGCUGUUAGUAGAAUUAAAGCUGCAUUGACAUCUGGAGGGGGAGACCUAAAAAAUGAAGACCUGGUUGGUGUUGAAUCAGUUGGAACUGUGGCACAACCUGAUGCAGUAGUGCUUGAAACAAUGGGAGCUGACACAGCUCUAACAGGCAGUGGUUUUGCUGAUGAUAACGAUGACUUUGAUUCGGACAGUCCAACAAAAGGUUUUGCUUCCAUACCAGAGGCCAUCGAAGAUAUUAAGAAUGGAAAGAUGGUAGUAGUUGUAGACGAUGAGGACAGAGAAAAUGAAGGGGACCUAAUAAUGGCAGCACAGUUGGCGACACCUGAGGCUAUGGCUUUUAUUGUGAAGCAUGGAACUGGCAUAGUUUGUAUAAGCAUGAAAGAGGAUGAUCUGGAGAGAUUAGAGCUUCCUUUGAUGGUCAACAGUAAGGAUAAUGCUGAGAAACUCCGUACUGCAUUCACUGUGACAGUGGAUGCCAAACAUGGUACCACAACAGGGGUGUCAGCUCAGGAUAGGGCAACAACAGUUUUGGCCCUUGCAUCCAAAGAUUCAAAACCAAGUGAUUUCAACCGCCCAGGCCAUAUUUUCCCUCUAAAAUACACGGAAGGUGGUGUCUUGAAGAGAGCUGGACAUACAGAAGCUUCAGUUGAUCUGGCAGUACUUGCUGGUUUGGAUCCUGUGGCAGUUCUGUGUGAGGUUGUGGAUGAUGAUGGUUCCAUGGCUAGAUUACCUAAGCUUCGCCAGUUUGCAGAGCGUGAAAAUUUGAAAGUUAUAUCUAUUGCUGACUUGAUAAGGUAUAGAAGAAAAAGAGAUAAACUAGUGGAACAUGCUGGUGCUGCACUAAUACCAACAAUGUGGGGACCAUUCACAGCUAACUGUUAUAGGUCGCUUUUAGAUGGGAUGGAGCAUAUUGCGAUGGUAAAGGGUGACAUCGGGGAUGGAUGUGAUGUUCUUGUGAGGGUACACUCAGAGUGUCUCACAGGAGACAUAUUUGGAUCUGCCAGGUGCGACUGUGGAAGUCAGCUUUCUCUUGCAAUGCAACAGAUUGAGGCUGCUGGUAGAGGUGUAUUAGUAUAUCUUCGUGGACAUGAAGGAAGGGGUAUUGGAUUGGGCCACAAGCUUCGUGCUUAUAACUUACAGGAUGAAGGAAGGGAUACUGUAGAAGCCAAUGAGGAGUUGGGAUUGCCUGUUGACUCAAGGGAGUAUGGAAUUGGUGCACAGAUAUUGAGGGACUUGCGUGUUCAUUCUAUGAAGCUGAUGACAAACAAUCCGGCAAAAUAUGUUGGGCUCAAAGGUUAUGGUUUGUCGAUUUCUGGUAGGAUCCCAUUGUUAUCGCUUAUCACAAAAGAAAACAGGAGAUACUUGGAGACCAAACGUGUGAAAAUGGGACACAUGUAUGGCUUGGAAUUUAACAGCAAAUUGAAUCAUAUUGACGGUGGAAAUGGUAAUGCCAGUAGUGUUGAUGAUUCGAAUGUUGCUCCUAACACAUAAACCUACUUUUUUUCUAUCAGAUUCACAAAUUGAGUUGCACACGCCAGAAGAGAAAGGGAAGUGUAAAUUUCUAUACUGCUGCAGAUGGAUCUAAUAAGAUAAAGGAGUUCUGAUUCUGCUUGUGAAUUUUUAUUUUUUUUCUAAUUCAUUUGCAUGAUUUUUAUCGUGGCUGGCUCAAUAAGUCAUUUGAAACUAUAUACAGUGCCAUGCAAUGUGUAAUAGAUGAUAGAAUAGGUGAGGCCAGGGCAUUGUCUAAUACCUAGACAAAUUUGAGGUAAAAUUUUCUCGCUUUCUUUCUUGGUUUUUUUUAGACAACUAGAGGUUCUCGUAUACAGGUGCUUUUUUUGUAGUUUCAUUAUACAAGAGUUUUUUGUUUAUUUUUAUUUUUAUGGAGGUACCUUGUAUUAUCGAUAAUAAAGGUGCAAUUUUGUGACUAUAA